AUGCAUAUCUACCGCCGACAGGCCCGCAAUCUCGCCUGGUACGACGAAGAAGGCGAAGCUUCGUCGCACAAUCCAUUCAAGAAGUUCCGUCGCCAGCGACACCCCCGACGCUCCAACUCCAUGCAACUUGAAAGCGGCCUCAAAUCCAGCAGCCUGGGUGAUCUGUCAGAAGAUCGUCGCCGAAGACAUGAUAUGAACCACGACCUCACGGGCCCGAACUACUCUGGCAGCUUCCCUCCGGAAUCAGCUGGAAGCGACCUGGGUACCCCAAGCACCCAUCGAUCUCCGCCCGAGCCCUCUGUCGAGAGCCAUGAUCCCAUCAAUGUCUCGCGCGGACUGGAUGAGUCUGAGGAGUCUGGAGUUCCCCGCCAGCGUAAGGGUGGGUUCUUGGGCAAGUUCAGCCAUGGAGAUGAUACCUCGGAUGACGAUAAGAAGUCGUCGCUGUCGGAGACGCAGAAGUUCACCCUCGCCUCGCAGCUUCGAGCUACUAUUCUGAACUCGUGGAUUAAUAUUCUCUUGGUUGCCGCGCCAGUUGGAAUUGCCCUCUACGCCGUGGGUGCUAAUCCAAUUGCGGUUUUCGUCGUCAAUUUCAUUGCUAUCAUUCCCUUGGCUGCUAUGUUGAGUUUUGCAACUGAAGAAAUUGCCCUCCGCACGGGUGAAACCAUUGGUGGCCUGCUGAAUGCUUCGUUCGGUAAUGCCGUCGAACUGAUUGUUGCAAUCAUCGCUCUGGUCAAGAACAAGACCCUUAUUGUACAAACCUCCCUCAUUGGAAGUAUGUUGUCCAAUCUGCUGCUGGUCAUGGGCAUGUGCUUCUUCUUCGGCGGAAUCGACCGUAUGGAGCAGCACUUCAACGUUACAGUUGCCCAGACGGCCGCGAGUAUGCUGGCAUUGGCCGUCAGCAGUUUGAUCAUCCCUACUGCCUACCACAGGUGGUCCGAUAUUUCCAACGGCGACGGAACUGCCGCUUUGUCUCGAGGAACCAGUGUUCUUCUUCUAAUUGUCUACGGCUGCUAUCUCUUCUUCCAACUCAAAUCCCACGCAGACAUGUACAACCGCCCGAGCCCGAAAGUCGAGCGACGACGAGCCCGUGUCAGCGAAGGAGACGCCAGCCGGGGGAUUGCUCAGAUCGGCAAAAUGACCGCUGCGCCAUUGGUCGGCCAGAACUCAGACCACAUGCAAAUGGAGGAUCCAGAUGAUGAGCCUGAGCAGCCACAGCUCUCCAUCGCCACUGCUUUGCUUACACUGCUCAUCUCAACUGCGUUUGUAGCUGCAUGCGCCGAGUUCAUGGUUGACUCUAUUGAUGCUUUGACACAAACUGGUAACAUUGGCGAGACCUUUGUUGGUCUGAUCCUUCUGCCUAUUGUUGGCAAUGCUGCCGAGCAUGCUACCGCUGUGACGGUGGCUUGCAAGGAUAAGAUGGAUCUUGCCAUUGGUGUUGCUGUUGGCUCGAGUAUGCAGAUUGCGCUACUUGUGCUGCCUCUGAUCAUCGUUCUUGGGUGGAUCAUUGGUGUUGAUGACAUGACACUGAACUUUGAUGGAUUCCAAGUCAUCGUGCUUUUCAUGUCUGUUCUUUUGGUGAACUAUCUCAUUGGCGACGGCAAGUCUCACUGGCUUGAGGGUGUCUUGUUGAUGAUGAUGUACUUGAUCAUCGCCAUUGCGGCUUGGUAUGUGUUCGUUCUAGAUCGCCAAGGAAAAGCCACUAAUUGCGUAUAG